CAGAAGAAGGAGAAGAGAAGAAAAAAAAAAUAGAAGAAUAAGAAUAAGAAGGAAAAGAACAAGAACAAGAGGCGAAGAAGAUUAAAAAGAAAAAGAAAAAAUAGAAGAAUAAACUAAAAAGAAGGAAAAGAGAAGAGAAUAAUAAGAAAUAAAAGACGACGAAGAGGGAUGAAAAUGGCAAAGUAGCGUGGUUACUGCGAUUUUUUUUUUUUUUUUUUUUGGAUGGGAGAGAGAAUUUUGAUAAUAAUAACGUUCCUGAAGAUGCGACUGUGGACUGGAAAAAUGGCUACGGCGAAGAAAUGUAUUUUGUGAAAUAUCCGUAGCUUCAUGACACUUUUCUGGCACUGCCCUUUUCUCCAUGCAUUACCGACUUACUAUUCUUGCAAAACCUAAUGAGUUCCGGCGUGGCAGGGUGCCCGAUGUGCUUUUUCUUGAAAAAAAAAGAAAGAAAAAAAAAGUCAACAGGAGCGGAAAAGGAAACGCGGCGGGAAAGAUUACCGUCGCAAAGCAGUCCUUUUCGUCCACGAAUAUUGCUCUUAGGGCUAAUUCCGCCCCACUAAAUCACUUUCCGAUGGUUACGUGUGCAACAUUUUCACGUGACCUGUGUCAUGUAACCGCUCUCGCUCCCAUUGGUCGGACGGAAUCAAAAGCACCAAUGGCAGCGCGGGCUCCUUUUGGCGCGAACCAAUCAGCGAGGGGCUUCCGGCAAUGUAGGCGGAGCGUGUGCGUGACAGGCGAACUUCGGCUCGAUGCCUCGGAGACGGUUUCUCGUCGAGCUUGACAUAUAAUAAAAGGUCGUGGGCCCAUUAGCGGCGACCGACAAGAGGCGUUAAAGUGCUUUCCAGUGUCGCGAGCUCGCCGUUUUCCUGUCGCCCGUCCGCCAUCCACUCCGCUUCCCAUCCUGUCGACGUGACUUCGGCCAGAGGUUCCGCCCCUCCCGCUUGCCGCUCCCUCCCACACCACGCUCUCGUCCUCCCACGACUCGGCAGUAAACCACCAACCUGGAGUUCGCGCGCUUCGGCAUCUUCAAGUUCUGCUGGCACUGCGGCGGUGACCUGACCAAGCCUCGUCCAGUCGUGCCCGAGAUUCCGAGAGCGACAGAACCCGCCGAAGACAUGAAGGCCGCCGAGACCAACCGCGAGAGGUUCGCCAUCAACAAGUCCUACAGUAUCGAGAAUGGCUACCCCGCCCGGCGUCGCUCUCUCGUGGACGACGCCAAGUUCGAGAGCACCAUCAAGAAGCAGCAGAAGCAGACGUGGAUUGAAGAGGCCAAGAGACUGUCUUGUGAUGGGGAGCUGAGCGAGGAGGAGGUGUUCCUGGUCCAGAGUCCCUGUGAGCCGGACGUCCCCCAGCAGGUAGCUCUCGUCCUCGCGCUCGUCGAUGGCAUCACCAGCCUCCCGAGGAUCAUUAAGACUAUCGAGAAUUUCAAGGGCACGGUCGUCCACGUGGAGACGCGACCUGCCCCUCGCAAGGGCGUGGCCUUCGACGUCCUGUUCAAGGUGGUGAUACUGCGGGAACCUCUCCUGACGUUGCUAAAGAACCUUCGUCAGGGGGCCGCCAUCGCCUCCGUCAACCUGCUGUCGGAACAUCACUCUUCGAUUAAAGAGCCAUGGUUCCCGAAGCACAUAAGCGAGCUGGACAUGUGCAACCACCUCAUGACCAAGUACGAACCGGAUCUGGACAUGGACCAUCCCGGUUUCGCUGACCAGGAGUACCGGGCGAGGAGGAAGGAGAUCGCAGAUAUUGCCUUCAAAUACAAGCACGGCGAGCCCAUACCCCGCAUAGAGUACCGCCCCGAGGAGAUCUCGACGUGGGGCGCGGUGUUCACCGAGCUCGAGCGCCUGAUCCCGACCCACGCCUGUCGCCAGUACCGAGAGGUGUGGGAAAUCCUGAAGAAGGACUGUGGCUACGCUGCCGAUAACAUCCCGCAGCUGGAGGACGUGUCCAGGUUCAUGAAACGUCGCACGGGCUUCUCCCUCCGCCCUGCAGCAGGCCUCCUGACGGCGCGGGACUUCCUGGCCUCUCUCGCCUUCAGGGUUUUCCAGUGCACGCAGUACAUCCGCCAUUACUCCUCCCCCCACCACUCCCCCGAGCCAGACGCCAUUCACGAGCUGCUAGGCCACGCCCCCCUCCUCGCAUACCCCCAGUUCGCCCAGUUCUCUCACGAGCUGGGUCUUGCCUCCCUCGGGGCGUCUGACGAGGAGAUCGAGAAGUUUGCUACCAUGUACUGGUUCACCGUGGAAUUCGGGCUGUGUCGAGAGAGCGGCGAAAUUCGGGCCUGGGGCGCCGGCCUCCUGAGCAGCUUCGGGGAGCUGCAGCACUCCCUCUCCGACAAGCCCGAUAAGCGCCCGUUCGACCCAGCGAAGACAGCCGUCCAGCCCUACCAGGAUCAGGAUUACCAGGACCUCUACUUCGUCUCCGAGAGCAUUGAAGACGCACAGGAGAAGUUCAAGCGAUGGACAUCCCAGACCCUGAGCAGACCCUACGAAGUCAGGUACGAGCCCCACAGCCAGAGCGUGCAGACCCUCGAUUCGGUUCAAAAACUCGAGGACCUGAGCACGGCGAUGUCCACGGAGGUGUCGCGUCUAAGGAAUGCUAUUCAGAAGAUGAAGUUUUGAAGUGACGUGAGGAAGAGGGGAUUUCGGAAGUGACUGGAGAGAGAUGAAGUGAGAGGUGGAGUUUCUGGAGGGAGAUGAAGCUUCUGAAGUGAGUGAGGAAGAUGGAGUUUCUGAUG